AUUGGAAGUGUGAUAGGUUGGAAAAAGGUCGGCCAUUUUUUCAAUUUGCAAUACUGCGAUUGAAAAUUUAGUUUUUUUACUUCAGAAACACAAAAAUUCCUUCGGUAUUUUUUUUCGAUUUAAUUUUAAAGUUUCCUAAAAGCUUUGCGGGACCAUAAACCUCGCAAAACAACUAUAAAGGUUCAAUAAUAAAAAUUCAAAGUUUCUACGCAAUUGCUGAUUUGGAAAUUUCAAUAAAAAGGAUAUUUUUAUUUUAUAUUUCUGAAGUAGUAAUCAUGGCCCAAUAAAAUGUCUCUAUUACAAGUAUCUAAAUAUAAAACUCCAGUAUUUGGGGGGAUAAUCCACCAAAAAUAUCAAUAUAAAAAUUCUAAUAGUUUUAAGACAAGUCAAUAUGGACAAAAAGCAAAAUUCUUAUACACGUCAAGGCUCGAACAAGCUCUUGAUUACUGAGUCCAGGAAGUCAGAUAUCAGCCAAAGUAAACCCUUGCCAAGAGGCGGUAGACGUAGAGAGAGCUCAAAUAAUAGUAAUAUAUUCAAGAACGAUCAACGAAUCAAUAAACACAACAACAACAACAAUAAUAAAUUUCGAUCUAAUGUUGACAAGAGGCCUAAGCCUCGAACAUUUGGUAAUAAUCAUGGAAAUUCGAAUAAUGCAUUGGCAGAAUCUUUUAGCGGCUCCGGAUUAGGUGAAGAUUUUAAGGAAACCAUAGAGGAUGGUGAAGAUGAUGAAAAUAAAAAUGGAAAUUUUCGUGAUGAUAGUGUUGCGGAAAUGAAUUCAAUUUAUUUAUCUGGAAGUAAAAAGCAAAAUUUAAAUCAUUUGCUCAAUUUUCACUAUGUACCCUAUGAUGGUAAUAAUAGUGGAAAUGGACUAAAUGUUUUUGGGCGGUGUAGUUCUAACAAGGCAUUUAUUAAGCGACAAAGAUAUAAUAAAGAGCAGUAUUUACAAGCCAACUUUCAGUUUUUGGUAAAAAAAUCAGCUGAACCAUUUAUUGACGUCUCUAAUCCAGAUACAUUAAUUGGUUGGGAGUUUAUAGAGCAAAUUAAUAUUCAAACAACGGAGGAACCGCAAUGUCCAAUUUGUUUAUAUCCUCCUAUUGCUGCAAAAUUAACUCGCUGCGGACAUGUUUAUUGUUGGCCUUGUAUUCUUCAUUAUUUGGCAUUGAGUGAUAAAACAUGGCGCAAGUGCCCUAUAUGCUAUGAAGCAAUUCAUGUUCAAGAUUUAAAGAGCACUUUAAUUACUCAGCAACAGAAUUUUAAAAUAAAUGAUUCCAUUACAUUUCAAUUGAUGCGUCGAAAAAAAGGAUCAAUAUUCGCUGAAAAAUGUCCAGAAAAUGAAAAUGAAGCGUUUAUUGAAAAUAUACCUUACAUAAAUGAAAAUAAAAAACCAAAUUUCUUUUCUAAACUUUUGAUUGUCAAUGUAGGUGAUAUUCUUUCCAUUGUGGAAAGAGAAUUUAAGGAGUUGCAAAAGGAAAAUGUAGUAGAUUGCCCAGAAGCAUUAUUCGUUCAACAAGCCUUAGAUUUGCUUAAAGAAAGAAAAAGUGCAAUUGCCCAGGAACAAGGGUUAAGUAUUGAAUAUUUGGAUAAGUUAACGGAAUCAACAACUGAGAAAGUUCUAACAAUAAAUGAAGAUAAUAUAAAUCAAUUGGCAUCGCAAUUGGAAGUUAUGAAUGUGGAAGUGGAGAAAAAAGAUGUGUGUGAAGAGCAGGAACAGGUUAUGGAGAUAAAAGAAAUUGAAAGUGAAAAUGGGACAACAGCUGAUCUUGGAGCUAUUAAAAAGGAAAAGUUUUAUUAUUUUUACCAAUCCACUGAUGGACAAAAUGUAUUUUUACACCCUUUAAAUGUUAAAAUGCUGCAAUCAAUGUAUGGCACACUUAAUAAAGGUCCGAAAAUAAUUGAAUCAAGAAUUUUGCAAAAAGAUUUUUAUUCAAUGGAUGAAGAUCUACGAAAGAAAUUUACAUGUUUAGGACAUUUGCCAUUAACAUGCCAAUUUGAAGUAAUUGAGAUAAAUUUGGAACCUCCUAUAGUUUCUGAUCAUGUAUUGAACAUUUUCAAGGGUGAUAUAGCAUCUCGGCAAAAAGUCAGAAAUCGACGUGAUCGUGAAGAAAAAAAACGUGAGAGGCGAAUAAAUGAAUUCAAUGACCGUCAAAUGGGAAAAUUAUUAUCAAGAUCAGCAAAUAUUGACAUUGAAAGUGUUCAACAGUUUCCAACGUGUGGAUUUGAAGAACCUUUAAGUCCAAAUUCAUAUGAAGAAGCAACAAUAAGAGCAUACGAUGCUGAUUUGGCAGAUUCACCACCGCCUCCAUCGACAUUAUCAAAUGUAAUCAGAAUUAAACCAUCAACAUCUUUUGCUACAAUAUUAUUGUCACCUAAGAAGGAAGUUUGGCCAAGUUUGAGCAAGAGUAAUACUAUGCAAAAUGAAACUGUAUGGGGGGUUAGAAAAGAUUCUAUUCAAAUAAAUUCUCCUAAUACAAAUCGAGAUAUAAGAACAUCUGAAAGCGAUAUUGGAGAGAUAUUUGUUCCCAGCAACAAUUCUCUAAGUGAUGUUUUGGCAGAAGCUCUUGAAAUCAAGAAGAAACAAAAUAUUUCUGACAGUGUCACUGGGAAAAAAUGCAAAAAAAGCAAAAAGACAUUGCUUUUUUCUACAGGAAUGAGUUUUAGCGGAAAUUAAAUAACAACCAAAUGUUGGGAAAAUUUUUUUUUAAUGUAUAUAUAUAUAUUUUUUUUGUUUACGACGAAUAUAAUUCACUGCAUAUGAGUUUUUUUUUUCUUACUCGAUUUUUUAAGUAAAAUAUGCUGAAAAUGAAGUCUUUUUUUUUAUGGAUCAAUUUUAAUGUUUUACUUUUUUUUUGCGAGUAAGUUGUGUUUAGAAAUUUAGUUACAAAAUUAAUAUUAAAAAGAAAAUGAUUUGUGUUAUGUUCAAUUUUUAUUAAAGUCUUUAUUACAAUGCAGUAGCUGUCGUAUAAAAAUUCACAAUUUUUUAUAUAUUUGUGAUACAAAAAAUAAAUUUAAUUUUUUAAGUUGAGAAAAAAAAGAGAUUUGCGUAAAUUAGCAAAUUAUUUAGAUUUGUUUAAAACGAUAUUUAAAAUUUAUUUCAAAUAAUCUUUUAUAAAAAAUUUUAAUAUUUUUAUUUUAAAAAAAAAAUUUCUAAAAAUGACAUUACAUUAUGAAUGGUUAAAUUUUAAAUGCGAAAAGAUGUUU